GUCAGUCAGUGGCAUUCAGCGGCGGCAGCUGCAAGCCUUUGCAACUGCUGGUAGUUGUGUCACCGCGCCAGUGACCAUGACUUCAUUUGGGAAUCGGUCUGGAUGACGACUCCUGUCACCAGCUAGCAAGUUUGUGUCAUCGUUGCUAGCUGUGUUAGCGGAGUUAUUUACGUCUUAGCUACUUUACCUACAGAACUGUACUUCUGGCACGCGUGACAAUAGCUGGUCAGCUCGUGUUCUCUAUCGUGUUUUGUGAGCUUGCCUGGAACAUACUCAAGGAACAUGAUGCUUGAAUCCAUCAAGGUUACCGAAUGCCUGCAUUGGCCGGAGUUGGAGCAUGCUCAGAAGCAGGUGCUGUGUCCCGCGGAGACUGUGGUGGCUGUGAAGCCGACGAGCCCCAGCCAGGCGAGCCCCAGCCAGGUGAGCCCCAGCCAGGUGUGUGUGAAGCCGCUGAGCCCCAGCCAGGUGUGUGUGGAGGAGAAGCUGGAUCAUCACCUGGACCAGCCGCAGCCACACCGGUCGUCAGGUGGGGACCAGCAGCAGCAGCACCUCUCCUCCUCCUCAGGUGUGGAGCGGCGUGAAUCCCCGGAGCCUCACCUCUCCUCCUCCUCGACUGUAGACAAGACACACCUCCUCUCCUCCUCGGCUGUGGACCAGCCUCACCUGUCCUCCUCCUCGGCUGUGGACCAGCCUCACCUCUCCUCCUCAUGUGUGGAGCGACGGGACCCCGCGGAGCCUCCCCUGUCCUCCUCCUCAGCUGUGGAGCCUCCCCUGUCCUCCUCUUCAGCUGUGCUGAGGGACCUCUUCACCACCGGCACCAGCAGCUUCAACGUGCUGCUGCAGAGCGAGGAGGACGAGAGGCCCAGCCACGCCACCGGCUCUGGCUCCGGGCGCGAGCGUGGACACGGGCACGGACGUGGGCGCGGGCGCGGGCCCAGAUGCGGCGGCCAUCAUCAUCACGCCAGCAGCCCCAAGCACUCGCCACGGCGCCGGCGCACCAAGAGGGCCUCGCGAUGCGCCUCUCUGCACAGCCCGGGCACCGGGGGUGGCACCGGGGGCGUUAGUGGGGGUAGUGGCGCCUCCAGCCGCCGUGAGAGGUGCCGCGGCGGCGGGCACCGAGGUACUGCCAGCAGCGGGUCCAUGCUGCUGUUGCCUGGCAAGGGAGCGGGUGACGUGGGGCGGCAGAGACAGAGCCAGAGCCAGGGGGUGUUGACGCACGCUGAGACCUUUCACUCACCUGGAGGAGGAGGUGGAGGUGGAGGAGGAGGAGGAGGUGGAGGAGGAGGAGGAGGGGGAGGUAGUAAAGGACUCAAGCCCAGCCAGGGCAUCUCUGUGCUGGGCAGCCAACUCGGCCUGUCCCCCCGGACGACGACGACAGGCGUCCAGUCGUCACGCAACAAGAGCUGCUCGCCGCGCUCCACCACCACCACCACUGGCACUAUCACCACCAAGCUCCCCCUGCUGGCCAAAGGGCUGAACUACAGCGGUGGUGGUGCGCUGCGCGGUGAGAGCGGUGAGAACUGCGCGGUGAAGAAGCUCUGCAUCCUCACGGCCGUCAAGCCCUCCAAUGUGGACAAGGAGAAGCUGAAGUUCUUCAAGUCCAACUACACCUACAACCCGCAGUUCGAGUACAGCAACCCGCUGCCCUCACAGGCCCUCGCCAAGCACGACAACGCGUCUGACCGCUUCCUGACUCAGGCGGUGCGUAUCCUGGACCUGGCCCUAAAGAAGUACGGCUGCUAUGAGAAGUUUGAGCAGGCCACCGGAGGAAACCUCCUGCCCAAGAGUCGAAUAUGGCACCACGUCAAGAAGUACAUGGAGAAGGAAGGAUGCAUGGGAGAGAUCGUGGUGCACCUAUCAGACGACCUGCUGUCCAGAGCCUCCAUGACGGUGGUCAACAGCAGAGCCACUCUGACCAUCAACAUGGCCACCGCACGCGAACACUGGCUGGAGGGCAUGCUGAGACACGAGAUCGGCACGCACUACUUCCGGGGCAUCAACAACAGCCAGCAGCCGUGGGGCAGCAGCAGCGGGCGCCGCAAGCACAACCUGCGACCUUUGAACCCCACGGAGGAGGGCCUGGCCAGCCUGCACAGCGUCCUGUUCCGGAAGGAUCCGCUCCUGUGGCGCGCCGCACUGCUCUACUACACCGUGUACCAGGCGAGCCGCAUGCCCUUUGCGCAGCUCUUCCAGGACCUGGGCCGCUUCCUCCAGGACCCCAACACACGCUGGGACUACUGCGUACGCGCCAAGAGGGGACAGACAGACACCUCACUGCCAGGGUGCUUCAGUAAGGACCAGGUCUACCUGGACGGUAUCCUGAUGAUCUUGAGGCAUCGUGACCAGAUCGACUUCCCUCUGCUCAUGGGCCUGGGCAAGGUGUCCUAUGAGGACGUGGAGCGUCUGCGUGACCUGGCGGCUACUGAGCACGUGCGGAUCCCCCACUUCCUGCAGGACGAGGCGCGCUACGCGGAGCAGCUGCAGAAGAUCAUGACGGCCAAUCACAUCACAGAUGCAGAACUGCAACGCCUGCUCAGCUAGCAGCUCAUUGGACGCUCGGCUCACACGUCCCGCCUCUCUGCACUGCCCCAUCCAAUCACCAGUCACCACCCACCCGAGCACGCUCUGUUCUCACUCACUAAAGAUUUCUCACACGCCUAUCACAUAGAUGUCCCCUUUAAAUGUAAAUACAGUCACACACACACACAAUUGUUAUAAUUAUCAAUAAAUAAAUAAAUAUUUUAUUUAUAAUCA